AUGUCCUCUGCUGCUGCUGCCACCAGACGCCACCUCUUGAGAGCUUCCUCAGGACUUCGUUCAACUGCUCGCAUCUCCUCCUCGCGUGUCGCUCCUCUCUUGGCUCGUAACGCUCCAUCGGGUGCACGCGCUUUCUCUGCCACUGGCAACACAAAGUUCAUUGCUCUCCGUGCUCUUGUGAACCCUGCUUCUCCUGCCAAUGUCAAGUUCUACAGCUCAAAGUCUUUCCCCGAGCACAAUGUGAUUGCUAUGCCUGCUUUGUCGCCCACUAUGACGCAAGGUGGUAUUGGCACUUGGCAAAAGGCUGUUGGUGAUGAGGUCGUUCCCGGUGAUGUCCUCGUCGAGAUUGAGACCGACAAGGCUCAAAUGGACUUUGAGUGUCAAGAAGAAGGUUACAUUGCCAAGAUCCUCGCUGAUACUGGUUCCAAGGAUUGGCCUGUUGGCAAGCCCAUCUGUGUUCUUGUAGAGAACAAGGAUGACGUUGGUGCCUUUGAAAGCUUCACUUUGGAGGAUGCUGGUGGUGCCGCUGCUGCUCCCGCUGCUCCUGCUGCUGAAAAGGCUGAAGAGCCUGCACCAGCUGCUGCUGAAGAACCCGCUAGCAAGCCUGCUGCUCCUGCUGCCUCUGCUGAUAGUGGUGAUCGUGUCAAGGCUAGCCCUCUUGCCAGAAAAACUGCCAACGAGCGCAACAUUGACAUUUCCCUUGUCCAAGGCACUGGUCCUGGUGGCAGAAUCAUCAAGGAAGAUGUUGACAACUACAAGGCUGCUCCCGCUGCCGCUGCUGCUACUACCACUGCUGCCACCCCUGCAGCCUACGCUCCUCAAUCUGCCACUGGUGAUGCCUUCACUGAUAUUCCUACCACCAACAUGCGUCGCAUCAUUGGUAGCCGUUUGACCGAAUCCAAGCAGACUGUUCCCCACUACUAUGUCACUGUUGAGGUUGAUAUGGAUAAGAUCAGCAAGCUUCGUGAAGUGCUCAACAAGUCCUCUGAGGGCAAGUACAAGCUUUCUGUCAAUGACUUUAUUGUCAAGGCCUCUGCUCUUUCCUUGAAGAAGGUUCCCGAAGUCAACGCUGCUUGGCAAGGUGAUUUCAUUAGACAGUACAACAAUGCUGAUAUCUCCAUUGCUGUCGCCACCCCCACUGGUUUGAUCACUCCUAUUGUCACCAACGCUGAGUCUCGUGGUCUUUCUGAUAUCUCCAACACUGUCAAGGAUAUGGCUACUCGUGCUCGUGAUGGUAAGCUCGCUCCUCACGAAUACCAAGGUGGUUCCUUCAGCAUUUCCAACCUUGGCAUGUUUGGCGUCAAGCACUUCACCGCCAUCAUCAACCCCCCUCAAUCUUGUAUCCUUGCUAUCGGUGGCACUCAACAAAAGAUUGUUCCCGAUGAGACCAAGGAGAACGGCUUUGCUGUUCGCAACGUUAUGGAAGUCACUCUUUCCAGCGACCACCGUGUCGUCGAUGGCGCCGUUGCCGCUACCUGGUUGAAGGCUUUCAAGGGAUACAUGGAGAACCCUCUCAAGAUGUUGCUGUAA